UUAAUGAUAAUGAUAACCCUAGUAUAUAAAAUGUGGCGAGAACAAAUGAUUCGCAGAAGUCUUGGAAGGGUGAUACAGGUUUGUCGCGAAAAAUGUCGAGGAUAUCGCUUUUGCUCUUGGUGGUUGUGUGUUCGGUGGCGUUGAGGAAAGUCCAUGCCGAGUCAGAUGAAGAUAAGGAGAUCCACGAAGUGCUGAUCCCCGUCAUCGCGGAGUGCAGCAAUGAGCAUGGAACUAACGUGGCGGAAGUUAUGGCCUCGAAGAACAACAAAGAUUACGAAGCCAUCGACGGGUGCCUCAUCGAGUGCGUGUACAAGAAGAUGGGCAUGAUGGAUGACGACGGCGCGUUUGUCGUGGACAAAAUAAUAGAGAACGCUAAGAAAAUCCUGAAGGAAGCAGAAACAGAAAAAAUUGAGGAAGUUGUUAAACUUUGUUCUGAAGAGAGCGAGAAAAAUCCUGAAGAGAAGUGUGGAAAAUCCAAAAUGAUGUUAACCUGUAUGAUGGAGCAAAAAGAAGCGUUACACAUGUAAAAUCUACCCCAGCGACCCGGCAAACAAGAAGAAUGGCCUAACCUCCAACAACCCGCUCUGUUAAAAUUUAUAAUUUAAGUUACAUUUUAUUAUUUUUAUGAAACACCAAAUUAUGAGAAUAUAUUUUUAUUGCAAA